UCGUUAAAGUCAGAACACUGAGUAAAACUGGAAAACCUGGACAUAAUCCCUCCCACAUUUUAAUAAUUGGUCUGGAGACUUCCCCCAGCUGAGGGAUGGAGGGGCCUCUGGAGCUGGCUUUGUAAUUCAGGAAGAUUUCCUCGCAGCAAGUUGGAUGAAGGGUGUAACUGCAACUGAAGGAGGAUUUUAAAGGAGGGCUGAUGACAGCAAAAGCAAACUCUCCUGUGACAGCAGGAUCUAUAGUUGUCCCUUUAGGGCAUGUCAUUGGAAAUGAGAAGUGGAGAGGGUCGGAGCUGGCCCAAAGGCUACAAGGAAAAGUUAGACUCAUCUUUGAAGAUGGCUUGGGACUGGUGGACUUUCAUCUUCCAAACAGAACUUGCAUUUUACUUAUUUCUGAAGCAGAUUUGGUUGCAGGGGAUGAAUUCAAACGAAGAUUGGUUAAGUUUAGAAAUGCCAGCAGUCUGAGGGGAAUUGUAAUCGUAGAGAAAACCCCAAUCAGUGAUCAGUACUACCUAGGAGUGCAAAAACUUGUGGUACUCGAACUUGGCAUGGUGUUGCUUCCUGUGGCAAAUCAAGGAGAAGCUUCUCAGCUUAUUAUUCAACUAGUGCGGGAGCAGAGCCGGGAGCGCGGCUCCAACCCGUUCGUGGGCCGGCAGCGCGCCCGGCCGGCGGAGCCCGCGGUGCUGCAGGCGCUGCAGCGCAUCCCCGGCGUGGGCAGAACUAAAGCUCUGCUCCUGCUGCAGCGCUUCGGGAGCAUCCACCGCCUCUGCAACGCGGACAGCCAGGAGCUGGAGCAGGCAGUCGGGCAGACAGUAGCACAACAGAUUUAUACUUUUCUACAUUCCUGACGUGCACGUGCAGUGGUACUUUGCAAAACAAAAACUUGGGAUUUUUCUUCUGAAUUGCAACAUUUUGGUUUUAAUAAUCACAUUAUUAUGCUGAUUUCUGUAAUUAUGGCUAGCAGCAACUGGCCUCUGAUGCUUCUUUUUUACAUCUGCUCUGUUCAUGUAGAUUAAGCUGUGUAAAUUGCCUUGGAAGGAAGUCUGUAUUUUGCAUCUAUCUGGAACAAAUAAAAACCAAGCAAGCUGUCUUUUUCAGCAUCAGUGUUAAAAAAUGGAAGAGCAAUCUGCUUGCUUACUUUGGUCUUCCAGAAAAAAACACCAUAUGAAUAUGUACAUAUUAAUUUCUCAGUAACUGGAAAUAUGUUACAUGUGUUUAAAAAGUUAGCAUAUAUUACUUGAGAGAUGUUUUUUACACACCUGCUGAAGGGAAAAGGCAAUUUUACCCUUGGAAAACAAGAUAAGAAUAUAACUUAAAAUGCAAGAUGUCAGGAAAACCAAUCCUCUUUACAAAUAGAUUUUGUAAUCUAUUUGUAACAUUUUUGUAACAUUUUUGAUUUAUCAUUUGUAGUUCCUUUGGAAAGUCCUACUGGAAAACACAUUUGACUUCACACUAACUUACUUCUCUGGUCACCCCUCCAGUUGAUAAAGCAUUAAAAAAUUUAUUUUCAUGUGUCUGAUAUCCAAACUAUUGGUUAAUUUAUGCUGUCUUUCUGAAUAUAUGUUGGCAUACUAAUAAUAAACUGCAAAAUAUUUUGAU